CUGAGAUUUUAAUGCACGGAGCCAAAAUCAAGCACCGAUUAUGCCACUGCAACUCUUCCUUUUAGAACAUGCGGACCUAGGGCUAAUAUAAGAUGCAAAGCCUCCUCUUACAUACAGAACCAUCUUCUUGUAGACAGGAAUUUUGUUUUCUUCAGUCACUUUAAAUGGCAGAUCUUGACCAAGGAGGAGCAGCAGCAGCCUCUCCCCGAGUGUAGCAGCCCUUUAAAACGCAAAGGGAUUAGAUCUGAGAAAGCGCAGGUGAUGCCCUUUUGCAAGGGUGAGGUUAUUUCAAACGAGGAAAGUGUUAGGAUUAUGCUGAUGUAAAUUGAGGGACACUUCUGAUAGUAAGUGGUGAAGAGGAAAAACAAGCGGCAAACUGUGACACUCAGGAGCUCUCGCGCAAGGCGCAAACAUAUCACUGGAUUCUACAUUGAUACCUCAAGAAAAAUGUCAUCUCAGACGAAGGUAAAGAAGGACAAGGAGAUAAUUGCGGAGUAUGAAACGCAAGUGAAAGAGAUCAGGAAUCAACUGGUCGAGCAGUUUAAGUGUCUGGAGCAGCAGUCAGAGGCUCGAAUCCAGCUGCUGCAGGACCUACAGGAGUUUUUCAGGCGCAAGGCCGAGAUUCAGCUGGAGUACUCUCGGAGUCUGGAGAAACUGGCGGAGAGGUUCUCAUCAAAGAUUCGUGGCCCAAGGAAAGAACAGCACCUUCUCUCUUCAGUAAACUGUUGGUAUCUGGUUUUGAAUCAGACUCGAAGAGAAAGCAGAGAUCAUGCCACACUUAAUGACAUCUACUUGAACAAUGUCAUCGUUCGCCUGGCUCAGAUCAGCGAGGAUGUCAUUCGGCUCUUCAAAAAGAGUAAAGAAAUUGGCAUUCAGAUGCACGAGGAGCUGGUGAAAGUGACAAAUGAGCUGUACACUGUGAUGAAAACGUAUCAUAUGUACCACACGGAGAGCAUCAGUGCAGAGAGCAAGCUGAAGGAGGCAGAGAAACAAGAGGAGAAGCAGUUCAGCAAGUCUGGAGACCUCAACGUCAACCUCCUACGCCACGAAGACCGACCCCAGCGCCGCAGCUCAGUCAGAAAGAUUGAGAAGAUGAAGGAAAAGAGGCAAGCCAAGUACUCUGAGAACAAACUGAAAUGCACGAAAGCCCGCAACGACUAUUUAUUGAACCUGGCAGCUACCAACGCCGUUGUGGCUAAAUAUUACAUCCACGAUGUUUCAGACAUGAUUGAUUGCUGUGACCUCGGUUACCAUGCUAGCUUGGCCCGCACAUUGAGGACAUUUCUGUCUGCUGAGUAUAACCUGGAGACCUCUCGGCAUGAGGGUUUGGACAUCAUUGAGAACGCAGUGGACAACCUGGACCCCCGUAGUGACAAGCACAAGAUCAUGGAUAUGUACAAUCAGGUCUUCUGCCCGCCCAUGCGCUUCGAAUUUCUGCCACACAUGGGAGAUGAGGUGUGUCAAGUGAGUGCCCAGCAACCAGUGCAGACAGAACUUCUAAUGCGUUACCAUCAGCUGCAGUCCCGUCUUGCCACGCUCAAGAUUGAAAAUGAGGAGGUACGCAAGACACUGGAUGCCACCAUGCAGACCUUACAAGAUAUGCUGACAGUGGAGGACUUUGAUGUGUCAGACGCCUUCCAGCACAGCCGAUCCACUGAGUCCAUUAAAUCUGUGGCUUCCGAGAGCUACAUGAGCAAGUUAAACAUUGCAAAGAGGAGAGCCAAUCAGCAGGAGACGGAAGUCUUCUACUUUACUAAAUUCAAGGAGUAUCUGAAUGGCAGUAACCUCAUCAUUAAGCUGCAGGCCAAGCAUGACCUGCUGAAGCAGACUCUGGGAGAAGGAGAAAGAGCUGAAUGUGGAACUACAAGACCCCCAACCCUUCCCCCGAAACCACAGAAAUUGCGGAAACCACGGCCUCGCUCCAUCUAUACCCAUAAGCUGUUUAAUGGCAAUAUGGAGAGUUUCAUUAAGGAUUCAGGUCAACCCAUACCACUGGUGGUGGAGAGCUGUAUUCGAUACAUAAAUCUAUAUGGGCUGCAGCAACAAGGCAUAUUCCGAGUUCCUGGAUCUCAGGUGGAAGUCAACGAUAUUAAGAAUUCGUUCGAGAGAGGUGAGGACCCAUUGGUUGAUGAUCAGAGCGAUCAUGACAUCAACUCAGUAGCAGGUGUUCUGAAGCUGUAUUUCAGAGGGCUGGAGAACCCUCUGUUCCCCAAGGAGCGCUUCCUGGAUCUGAUCUCCACCAUCAAGCUCGAAUCAUCUGCAGAAAGAGCUCACCACAUCCAGCAGAUAAUCGUCACCCUUCCUCGCACCAUCAACAUCGUCAUGAGAUACCUGUUUGCAUUCCUCAAUCACUUGUCCCAGUACAGUGAUGAGAAUAUGAUGGACCCAUAUAAUCUGGCCAUCUGUUUUGGACCCACUCUGAUGCCCAUCCCUGAGAGUCAGGACCCCGUGACCUGCCAGGCUCAUGUUAAUGAGGUCAUCAAGACCAUCAUCAUCCACCAUGAAGUCAUCUUCCCCAGCCCACGUGAGCUGGAUGGCCCUGUCUAUGAGAAAUGCAUGACUGGAGGAGAGGAGUACUGUGACAGCCCUCACAGUGAACCGGGCACCAUUGAUGAAGCAGACAACGGCACCGAGCCACACACUAGCGAUGACGAGGUGGAGCAGAUCGAAGCCAUCGCAAAGUUUGACUACGUAGGUCGGACUCCUAGAGAGCUGUCCUUUAAAAAAGGCGCAUCCCUUUUGCUAUAUCACCGUGCAUCUGAAGACUGGUGGGAGGGCAGACACAAUGGUGUGGACGGGCUCAUACCUCACCAGUACAUAGUUGUACAAGAUCUGGAUGAUGCAUUCUCUGAUAGUCUGAGUCAGAAGGCAGACAGUGAGGCCAGCAGUGGACCUUUACUGGAUGAUAAAGCCUCAUCCAAAAAUGAUCUACACUCUCCAUGUGAACCCUCACCUGAUUACAACUUCAGCGGGGUCAUGGGCCGGGUUAGGUUGCGGUCUGAUGGGUCUGCCGUCCCUCGGCACCGCAGUGGCACAGAUUCUCACAGUCCUCCCAGCGACACACCACCGCGGGCUGCCGCUUGCCCCAGCAGUCCCCAUAAGAUGGCAGUCAGUAGAGGCCACAUUGAAAGCCCCGAGAAGAGACGUUUGGGAACAUUUGGCAGUGCCGGCAGCAUUAACUACCCAGAGAGAAAGGUCUAUCCCGAGGGUCACCCACUCAAGCCUGUCCCAGGAGCAACGAGACACAGCAGCCUUGGGGAUCACAAGACCUUAGAAGCUGAAGCCUUAGCAGAGAAAUCUGUGUUACAGGAUAUUGAGAAGACAAUGAACACUGCACUUCAUGAGCUCCGUGAACUGGAACGCCAAAACACUGCCAAACAGGCUCCUGAUGUUGUUCUGGAUACUCUUGAACCGCUCAAGAACCCUGUGAGCUCCGAACCAGCAAGCCCCUUGCACACCAUCAUGAUUCGAGAUCCAGACGCGGCCCUGAGACGCAGCAGCAGCUCCACCUCUGAGAUGAUGACAACCUUUAAACCGGCGCUGUCUGCCAGGCUAGCCGGGGCCCAGCUCAGACCUCCACCUAUGAGGCCUAUCCGACCCCCACCAACCCAACACCGCUCCAGCAGUUCCAGCUCCUCUGGGGUGGGAAGCCCUGCUGUGACCCCCACCGAGAAGAUCUUUCCAAACAACGCGAGCAAUGCUGCAGCCUCCACUGCCAACUCAGGCGAGAAACCAGGAACCAUGUAGCACCACCAGGCCUGUGGUGCAGUGGUAGCUACCUGCACUGGUGAGAGAUAGCCAGGGCACAAUGCUAAUGCCCAGGCCAGCAGGUUUAGGAUCAGAAAAUUGUGCUCCCAAUUUUUUGUCUUUUUUAUUUUUCUCUUUUGAGCCUUGGAAAAUUCUGGAAAUACACACAGGUCGGAGCCAUGGCCUACCGGUGUGCACAUGUGACGCAUUGAGCCUUGGUGCAGUUGACGCAGGUUCAAAUCUGGCUCAGGUCAUAUCGUGUUUCCCGUCAUCUUCUCUUUACUAUCUGUCAAUAAUAGUGGUAAAAAGCCUGAAAUAAAAUAAAAUAAAAAGGUUAUCAGGGUGCAAUGGAAUGGAAGUCAUGGUGAAGUGAAGAAUGUAAUUCACACAUGUAAGAAAAGAAAAUUAAGACAAAAAAUGCCUCAACGCAUCUCCUGUUAUGAUUUUAUUUUCAUUUUACGUCAGAAUUAAUGAUAAGUCGUCAUCUUUGUCCAUUUUUAAGACAUUAUCUUUUAUUCUUUACCGUGAGCGAGAUAAAAUAAGUGGUUUGCAUUUAUUUCUCCUUGCACUGGGUGGCCAGAAGAGUUCUGUAAUUUAGGCAGGAAUAAUUUCCCUCUCAUUUGAGGACUGAGAUUGUCCCUCCCUCCAGAACUGGACUGUUCAUAUACUGUAAUAGAACCAAAUUGUCACUUGAAGACUGUCUAACAUGGCCAGCUUACCUGUGAGCUGUUGUAAAUAGAGAUAUACUGUACUUGAACUUGUAAUGCCUUCUGUUUGUAGAAUAAGCGAUAUACAUCUAAGUAACAACAUAGCCAAGCUGUAAACAUAUAUGAGAUGCAGAAAAACCAGUAUAGCAACUAAUUGUAAGAAACCUGUGGUAAUUGUUUUUUAGUUUUUCUUGUAUAUAAAUUUUGUCAAUUAAGUUUCAGUCUUGUACAGCCGAGGACAGAACAGGCAGGGAGACUAGAAUGGCUUUUAUCAAAACAAACAUUUACGAUCAAUAAGCAAACAAAUAAUGAAUCAAUAAGUGGAUUCUUUUUUUCUGAGCCAUUAACAUUAGUUUGGGGAGUGUUUUGCUUAUUUCUUGUCUUUUGUGAUUUUGUCUUUUUUUCUUUAUGUACCACAUCAGUUAUUACAUAAAAUAUUCCUUUAUGCUCAAAUUAUACAUAGAGUUUGAAUGAAUUUUUAUAAUUCAAUAACAUUCUUAUAAAGUUUUGUGGCUUUAGGCCAUGAGCUCAAUGUGACUGGAAACAUCUAUUAAUUAGGCACAAUUUGUAUCCCUCUCUCAACUGGAAAUAUCAAUACUUACUAAAAUUACCAGAUGUUUCUCAAGUGACCAAGCUGUUAAAAUGUCAAUUUAAAAAAUGUCCCCAAAAGGGGUGAAUCAUACAAAACAUGUCAAGGAGAUGUCCAGGUCAUAUUUUACUCUAAAAUCGAAAGAAAUAAAUUAAAUAAAAAAUAAAUAAAAAAAAUCGAAUUGACAAUACUGUAAUAUGAACAAAUCUAUUAUCAUCUAUUAUUUAAAUUGUGAAGGUAGUAUUGGUAGUAUUUGUUGUACUGCCUGUAAUUAAUGCUGAUCAUUGUCAUUGUUUACUUUAAUGAGAAUUAAAUACGAAUCUCCAUUGAGAAUAAUUAUUAAAAAAAUAUAUAAAUAAUAAACGCAAGUGAAAUGUCCAGAAGCAUUAUGCUCACGAGAGUUUGGUGUGGAAAUGUGAUUAAUUGUCACGAAAACAAUGUCACAAUGGGAUGGGAAUCUAAAUUAUCGUAAAAAAUUAGGCUCAUUUUUCUUUUUGUAAAAUAUUUCUUUCUUUAUUAUUUUGGGAAUAAUGUGACCCAGACAUGUUUUUGAGAGAUUUGCCCAAAAAUGGUCUUGACUUGGCCAAGCAUAUGAUGUAAAAGUGAAUCUUGCCCAGUGUAAUAAAUUAUACAAUAAUAAAAUCCAUACUGCAUUCUCUGUGAUUAGGAACAGAUCCCUCCCCCAAUCUGAAUAUUCGGUCGCUUUGAGAAACCAUCUCAAACAAGAGAAUCUCCACUGCCCCCAAUCUGUCAUAUUGUCUCCAGUUCAUCUUCAGUGGUACCACUCCUCCCUGAGCUGAUCUCGAGUGUGGAAUACCCAGUCGUGUACUAAAUUUGCCCGACUGAUCUACAUAACCCCUUAAAUACACUAAGCCCUUUAAUCCCAUCUUCGCCAAUUUUACACUUUUGCAGUUUGCCUUAGGACUUGCCACAUCAUUGUAUUCCAAUCAGAAUGCAACAUGUGAAAGCCUGUGUUGCUAGGAAAAAAUAAUAAUAAUUACAUAAAAAUGGUUCUACUAAGAAAACAGGACUGUUUCUACUCACAAUUUUAAUUUGCAAUGUUUUGGUAUUAUUUCUAGAUUUGCAUUUAAAGUAAUACUUGAGCAGGUACAUCAUUUGUCUUAGACCUAUCUGCAUUAAUCUUAUGUUUCAUGUUUGUGCCAUGCUAAAUUACUUUUGCGUUAGAAACAAAUCACUUCCGAGAUUCCAUGUCCUGUUGCUGCCAUCUUGAAUUACUUAAUGGUUUUCACAAUGACCGGUAAUUAGCUUUUGUCUGAAUGCCUCAGCUUAGUGGUCGCAUGGGCCUGUUGUCUGCAUGUGAGGGAGACCAACUUGCAUGUGCUUCUCUUUAUCAAUCAACACUGUCCAAUACAGCAGAUAAAGACUGUUAGUGGUGUCUUCCCCUAGAUUUAACACAUUAUGUCCUUAAAUGUGUUAGCCUCUGGCUGUGAUUGAGCAAAGGAAAACCAAAACUGUAGCUGCAAGGAUUAGGUUCAUCUCAGGAAGUGAUUCUCAUUUAAAUACAACAACUUUUUUGUUCUUAAUAACAUUUACCAUUGUCAACCAAUAGGCAUCAUCAAUAACAUAUGACAUAUUUAAAGACUAUUAUUCACUAUUAAUAAGGCACAUAUUCAGUCAUGAUAUUUCUGCCUAAUUACAAUUGAAAAGAUAAGUUAAUUAGUUUGAUGCUUAAGACAAUGUGCAGAACAUUGCAAUGCAAUGUAUAAAAGUGAGGCUUUCUGAGUCAUCCAUUGAUGUGCUGUGCUGUAGAGGGUUCCCACAGUCAUGGAAAACCUGGCAAUGUCAGGAAAUUUCAAAACUGUGAUUUCCAGGCAAUAGUCAUGGAUGUUAACGAAGUAAUGAAAAAAUGCCUGGCAAUUUCUAUAGUGAAUAUAUUUUUAAACUUCUUAAUAAUAUCUUUAUAUUUUAAAAGAUCUCUUUUCCAGUAAUCACAAAUGAUUGGAAAGUCAUGCAAAUGUUUUGAAAAAAUAAAUUGCUUAAAAGGUGUGGGAACCCUGGCAAGUACAAAUAAGCCCUGUAUGGAUUGAUCAGAUUUUCACCUUUGUUUACACACUCAAGGGCUAAAAAUAAUAGUGCCCUCUGGUGGCCAAAAAUGGUCUGUGCGUACACACCAUCUUCCUCUGCUGGUCAGGGCAGGUAUUGCUCAUUAACUUGAAGGAAUAAUAGGAAGAUAAACCUGAAAAAUAGUCUUGGGCAACUAUCAAGCUGGCAGACAGGAAGCUUUUUGUUGUUUUUGUGAAUCUGUAAACACAUUACUCAUUGUUUUCUCAUAUGUGCUACAGCAUGUCUUGUCUCUGUGUCAUUUUAAGCAUUAUAAAUCAGGGACUAAAAACGAAAUGUUUUUCAUUUCUGUUCAUUCUGAGCAAAAACUGUAUUUUUUUUUUUUGUUCCGGUUCAGGAGUUCCGCAACCUCCUUUCCAAAUAGGUUACCGGUUAGAAUGAAAUAAAAGAACCGUUAAUAACGUUAUUUUAAAAAUGACAGUACUCUGCGCUAAGGUGUGGGUGAAAUACCAAUUGUUGAAAUACCAGAUCUCGCAAGAGAAACAAACAACAUGGUCUGGAAAAACAAUCCCAAAAUAUGCCACUUGACUCACCAAAAUAAGCAAUACAUUUUUUUCCUGUGUGGUGGCUUUAUCGGCAUAGAAAUCAAAAACAAGCAGUUAAUUAACAGAUAAGAAUCAUUUUAAUUACAGAUCUGCUUCUGAGUCAAAACCCGGCAGCAACAAAUCUGUAUUAAUGCAUCAUAUCUAAAAAUAAUUCACUGAAGACUUGGACACAACUGAGAAAUAUACUUUUUACCUCUAAUAAUGUUUUCCUUGUCUAGAUUAGCCGUGCAUGUAUAUGUAGUAAUUAUACAUAGUUGUUCGAAAGGUCUUCAUUCACAGAAUGCUACAUCCACAACAAGCAAUUUGGCAAAAAAUGUGUGAUGCAGAAGUUUCCAUCAGGAUCGAAGCACGUUUCAUUUUUUCGGGCAACAUGAAGUGGUGUAGUUCCAAAAAAUUACUGUGAUUGGUUUCAUGAAAAAAUUAUCGGAACCAAAUUAACCGGUUACCAGCAUUUAAAAAUAACAAUUGAAAAUCACUUUGUUCUGGUUUUCAGUUACGUUCUGCUAAAAAUUUCGUUCGGUUUUUUUGUUUUCGGUUUUCAUUUUCAUUCCUUGAUUUUUAGUCCCUGUUUUAAAUUCUCGCUUGCACUAGCAGCCAUGCACCAAAGGAUCACUUAAAUCAGUGUACUUUAAGAAAUUCACAACCUUGGAUCUGCACACAUUUUCUCAUGCUGUACUCAUGCUGUAAUCAGUUGUGACAUGCCGUUUGAGUGUUAUAGCAUUAUCACUCAUGAAUUUGAAUACUUGAUUAUCAACAGCAUAACACUUCUGUUCAUUUUCUCUGCUGCUGGGAAAUGUAUUAAAGAGAUAUUUGUAGUUCACCUAAAAAUGCAAGGUUUGUCAUUUACUCACCCUUAUGUGUCUUUUCAAACAUGUGUGAAUUUCUUUCAUCUGUGGAAAACCAAAAGGACAAAAAAGCACCACAAAAUUAGUCCUGAAAACCUAUGUGCUAUAGCCUAUUCCAAGUCUACUGAAGCCAUAUGACAGCUUUGUGAUAGACAGAACUGUCCAUAAAUCAUUAUUUACUGAAUAUCUUGUUUUACAUCUGUGGUCACCAUUCACUUGCAUUGUAUGGAAAAGAGCAGCUUGGACUUUCUGCUCUAAAUAACUAAUUUUGUGUUCCAUGGAAGAAAGAAAGUCAUUUGGGCUUCAAAAGACAAAAGGGUGCGUAAAUAUGACAGAAUUUUCAUUUUUGCUUAGACUGCUCCUUUAAAUUCUUACAUAUCUGUUGUACACUUGCUCACUGUCAUACAGAGUACAUACUGUAUAGUGCUUAUGUAAAGAGCUGAUGUCAUCAGCUGUGUUUUAUAAUAAAUAAUAAUAUAGAGUUUACAGAAUCUGCCAUCCAUAACAUACUGUACUCAAAUAGUCCUGGUCUCUCGUCUGUUUCUAAUAAUUUGUCUCACUUCUGUUGAUCUCUCCUCUGCCAGUGACCCGAGGCUGUGCUGUGAAACGCUUAGACUUUUGCUCCUAAGUUAAACCUUCUAUCCGAGCGAAUGCAUUGCAGUAUAUAAGACCUUGUUGGUCUGAUAAUAGGAUGUUGUAUGGUACUUGCACGAUUACUGAGGCACUUGGUGCAUUUCUGUACUUAAAUGGACUAUGUGAUGUUUCUGGAAGUAUGUUUUGGGAAUGAAUGCUACAUUGAGAGUGUAUUGUACGUAUGCCACAGUGGGUGUUUAUUGUAUGUGUGCAAAGGUAACAGAAAAUAUAGGCUUUCUUCUUUUCCGGACACCAUGUUCAACAGAAUAAAAAAAGUGCUGUCUGUCUGUAGCAGUGGGUUGUGAAAACUGUUGUUUUGGGUUUUGUUCCUCCUCUGAACACUUCCGUAUAGUGAUGCUGUUAAAUGAGUGUUUGAAUGGUUGGAUAUCCCCCUGUGAUGUAAUCGUACACCAUCCCACUGUUUGGAUAUGAACCAUAAGUCCAAAUAAAGAUUUUCUUUUUUUUUUUUGAACUUACAGUAUAUGUAAUUAUUGUCAUAUUUGUUUUAAAAUGUAUUUUAUAGUUGAUUGAAGUAACUUGCUUAGUCCUAUUUUUAAAACUUACAUUAUUAUAAUUACCUUGGCUUGUGAUAUUGUUGAUAAUUAAGCACAGUUCAUUCUCAUUACUGUUUUGCAAACCUAUUGUGAAACCUAAGCCUGAUAAAUGAAAAUUAAGUUAUGCUGAUUUAAAUUUUAAAAAUACAGUGAAUUACAGUUUUAUUUUUUUACUUUUAAAAAAGUUAAUGUAAUGAGCUUUUAAUAAAAAAUAAUGACCCAAAGACCCA